CCAAAUACAACUAUACAAGUACCUUGUGUCCAUACAUAAGAUCUUCCAUUUUUUCUCCACCAUCACCUUCUCCCUACAAUUGGAUUUGCCCUUCUCACCAUCUUUCCUCUCUUUCUCUCUCUUCCCCAAACCCUAAUUUCAACUCCUCCUUAUUUUUCAACUUUUUAUUUCUCCUAAGAUCAGAUGUACAGGAGGGUUUUGUAUUGAAUUGAUUUAUAAAAGGGUGGUCUUAUUGCUAUUAUCAUACCAUGAAUGUAGUUGUGGCAGUUGUUUCAUCAUGUGGAAAAUUCGAGUUUUCGGUAUUUAGAGAUUGCUGAAAGAGAGGGGAAUUGAAUUCACAUGGAUGCCAAUGAGUGUGAUACGAAUCAUUUAGAUGCCGAUGUUCGUCUACCACCUCGAAAGAGGUUGUUAGCUGGGUUGAAAAAACAGAGUUGUUCGGAGAGUAAUUCUCAAUGCUCGCAAGAAAAUAACCCGAGCCCUAUCCCAAGCCCUACCCCAAGCCCAUCAUUAAGUGCAAGCCCUCUGAGUGAAUUUGAUGUUCGUCUGAAUAAUCUGUUGAAAUCAUAUAAGAAUGGAUCUAAUAUGUCUCCUGAGGAGAUAGCAGAGGCUGCAGGUUCCGCUGCUGCUGCUGCAGCUAAGGCAGCUGAAGCUGCACGAGCUGUUGCUGAGGAAAAGGCUGCCAUUGCUGCAAAGGCAGUAGCUGCUGCUAAGAGUGCCCUAGAUAAAGUUGCAUCUAUAUCUGAAGAGACAAGCAGCAAGGAUAAACACCAGAAGAAGAAUAAACUGAAGAAGCAUGUUCCUGUUCAACUAUUGUACAAAAAGCACCAACCAGUUGAGAGCUGUGGGACAGAUGAAGAGCUGGCUAGGAAACUGCAUCGGGCUAUAAACAGCUCCCCGAGAAUCAAUAGAAACUCUCCAGGGUCGGAUUCUAAGAGUCAUAAGCACAAGAAGCUGAAAGUCUCUCCACCCAGUGAGAAGAGUGGCGUUGCUAAUGGUACAAGUGCAAGGGAUGAAAAUGCUAAAUUGCCUUCAGCUUGCAAUGGGGAUGUUAUAGAGGGAGGUAUGGACUGUGAAGGGUCAAAUGAAGAGCCUUUUACUGUCAAAUUAGACGAUAAGGUGUCAAAAUUUACAAAGCCUGAUGAGAUGGAGGUGGAUAGUGGUGAGGCGGAAUCAAGUCAAUCAAAGGUGAAAACCUUUACACCAUCAGAUGAUGUGUGCACUAUUGGUAGGAAGAGAGGUAGAAUCAAGCAAAAAAAGUUGCCUCUAAGCUUAUGUAGCUCUAAGGAUCAGUCAAACCCUAAGGAAGAUCUGAUUCUGACAAACUCGUUGUUAAGUAGGGGUAGAACUGAUAAAUCAACCACUCGUCAUGUAUCGUUGCUGUCAUUGGAGACUCCUGCUGAAAAUGUCACUCCAAUGGAGGUUGCACCAACAUGGAAAUGCCAGGAUUUCAAAGUUUCUCAGUGCCUUAAUCAAGACAAAGCUGUGCAGUCUUAAUGAUGGAGCUCCCAGCUCAGGUAGUAUUUCAUCAUGGUCUUCUUGUAGAAAGGUCUUAUUUACUUGUAUUUUUUGUAUCUGUUGCUUGCUGUUGCAUUUUAUGGGUUGUUGACAACAAUGUAUAUCUUUACUGUUCAGAUUCUCAUAUCGAUGUGUGAUAUAGAAUAGAUUUCGCAAUAAUGUGCAGUGCUUUUGUUGCUGCACUCAAUACUUGCUUUCACUUUGUAGAUGUAGGUGUAGAUUUACAAGACACUUAUAUGUAUGAUCUUUCUGAUAAUGAUUUAAUGAACGAUUCAACUUCUUUAUCCAAA